AUGUAUCUCAAAGCUUUAUCUUACUCCAGUUACAUUGGUAGUUUUCAAUUCUAUUUUAUUCAAAGAACAAUUCUCAGAUUCCAUGCUUUUUCCUCUCAUUGUUUCCAUUUCAUUGAAUUCUUGUAUUUCUCUGGUUUCAGAUGGCAAUAUUUUGGAUCAGUCCAUGGGCCAAUCAGAAUUUUUCCUGGUCGAGAGUGGGGCAUCAAUUUUGCAGGUUUUUAUAAUGACUAUGAUCCCAGAACACGACCGUGGUAUAUUGCUGCCACAAGUGGCCCGAAAGAUGUUGUUAUUGUCAUUGAUUGCAGUUUAUCAAUGAAGGGCCAGAAAUUUGAAAUAGCUAAAGCUGUGGCAAAAGUCGUAAUUAGUACUCUAACCAAACAGGAUUAUGUAAACGUAAUAUGUGCUCGUGCCAGUCACUGGGAUGAAGUUGGCAAAUGGCAUCAUUUCACAACGGAAGUCCUCAGCUGUCAGCAAAACAGAAUGGUUCCAGCCACCAUUGCACAUCGAAAAGAUUUAAUUGAAAAAAUUUAUAGUUUAAAAGCUGGCGGGACCAGCGAAUUAGAGAAAAGUUUCCAGAUGAGUUUUGAUUUAUUAAAUAGUUAUCCUCGGACUGGUUGUCAAUCUAUAAUAGUAUUUGCUACGGAUGGUGUAGACACCGAUGGGGAACAAAUUCGAUGUGGUCCAGGAUAUUAUACUCGCAGUGGUUAUGUACCAGGUCCAAUCUGUAGAUACAACUGGACUAAAGUUUGGCAUGUCUCAAAUGAAAAAAAUUUGAAUCUAGCACCUCAGGCACGGAUCUUUAGCUAUCUUAUAAAGGAAGAUGCCGAAAUUUUCCCAGGGAAGCUUGCCUGCGCCCAUCAUGGAAGCUUGAAAAAACUAGAAACUGGAGAAAAUCUGAUCUCACAAAUGUCAAAUUACUUUGAAUUCCUCUCAUCAAACGCAAAAAACAAUUUGGCACUUUGGACAUCGCCAUAUCUUGAUGCCCUUGGAUUGGGUCUCAUGGUGACGCAUGCAAUACCCGUGAUAAGCAAUAUCACUGGCAAGACAAUUGGUGUAAUUGGUGUUGAUGCUACUUUAGAUGAAAUUGAAAACUUCCUUACGAAAAACCAAUGGGGUACGGUUCAGUCAUUCCUCAUCAAUAAACAAGGAGAAACUAUUUUCCAUCCAAAAUUAAAACCAAGCACAAAUUUGGUAGACGAUCCUAUUUUCAUCCCUAUCUCGCAACUUGAAAGAGACAAAGAUGGAAACCCGCCAGAAUUUGGAAUCAUUGAACAAGAAAUGAAAGCUGGAUUAACAGGACAGAUCAGGAUUAAUGAAUCCAAACAUGGUGAUGCAAGAACGUACUACUAUGGAGCUUUGAAUGAAUCAGAAUACUCCUUUGCAUAUAUAUUAGCAGAUACAGACAUGAUUUUUAGAAGAUCGCAGGAACCAAGUGACCGCUCGAAAUACGGUAAAAGCUAUUACAAUUUACUCAUCGAAUAUCGUAGUGACCUAUCUCGCAAACAACUGCCUGGGGUGUGGGAACACUUAAACGUCACCGAAAAUGCUCCGAGAUAUCCUGGACUUCGAAUCUCAUACAAGUUUUCCACUAUUUUCCUACCUCCCAUGGCACAUUGUGAUCCAACGCAGUAUAUCUAUGAUGACAAUUUGACUCAGAAAACAAUUGAUGCGCAUAAAUGGAUAAACAGCUAUGAUGCUGACCUCGGCUGUGAAUCUUUGAAACAGAAAUUCGAAAAAGGUGUACGAGCUGAUGUACUGAUUACAGAACCAAUUGAAGAAAUUUGGAAGACCCGUGCAUUUGAAUCUUUAAGUCAAGUAAAAUGGACGAAUAUUGGUCUACGGAGUGGGGUUUUCCGUACUUACCCAGGCCAUCGUUCAACCAGGAUGUAUAACCCUGUCAAACGUCCAUGGUACAAACGUACCAGUUCCGCACCUCACAAGACAUCAAUUUCCACGCCAUAUAUGGACGCUGCAGGAGUCGGUAAAAUUGUCACAAUUUCCCAAGCUGUGUUUGAAGGUAUGACGCCAAGAACAACAGAAGAAUGCGUCAAAAUGAAGGGUCCCAAACCUGGAGGUUGCACAUGUAAUUUUGAUGAAGACUGUCUUAGUAGAGUCUGCUACGUGAGUAUGGCUCCAGGACCAAAUUCUCAGUAUCGGCGCUGUGCAACGGAACGUGUUGAAGCAGUAACAGGUUUGGACAUUCUCUACGAUGAUUUCCAGAAUAAAAGUAUGGAAACGAUGGAAGCAAGUGACCGAAGAAAAUCUUGUGGUCAGAAAUAUCUUUGUCCGGAUGGUGAACCUGGAUGUCAAACGAGGUGUUACCUCUUUGAUUCCAAUGCAUAUCUAGUAAUGGACCCAGAUUUCAUUUUGGCUAGUAACCUGGAUGAAAGUGAAUAUGAACGUGUCACCCUUGGUAAAAAAGAAGGAGAGGUAAUGAAGGACCUCAUCUAUAAACACAGUUUCUUUAAAAGAAAAGAAUACAUUGAUUUCCAAGGGUCGUGUCGAAUUUCUCCAGAAGCGCCAAAGGUCACUCUUGAAGGAAUCCCCAAAAAGCCAGAAGAAUUAGAUGAUUACUAUAAAACUCGUGGCCCUAUUCCACAGUUCCACAGUGAAUUUGGCUGUAUUCAAGAUGUCGUAGGUUUUAAAGCUAUCGACGAUGCACUUGGUUCCAGUGGUAUGAUAACAGGUAAUGUAUCUGGGCCGUGUAUGUCUGGAUUUUAUUAUGUCAAAGCCUUACCAAAAACAAACCUUUAUUUACUGGUAAUUGAAAACUGGAAACAUUACCGAGAAACACUUUUCUACAAUUUUAAUUGCCGAAUUGCACAGAGCAUUGUCAACUCUGGUGCUUACCGAAUUAUUAAUGGAACUUGUGCACAUGAAGACACAUCUAGCAGCACAUUAGCAGAGGAUGGCAAGUGCCCACCUCUAAAGAAUAUAAAAAUGCCAUGUGCGUAUAUAGCAGGCAUGAGCUUCAAGCCUAGUUGGUGGACAAUUAUAACAGGUCUUGCCAUGGCGAUGUGCCUUUUUCUACACUGAUUGUUAACUGGGGUUGUGUAAGUUUGCCAGUAAAAAAUAGUGAAUUUAUGCACAGUUUUGUUCACGAGGAAGAAAACCAUUAGGAAAAAAAAAAAUUUAAAAGAACUGACAGGAAGUUACGGAAUGAUCCAAAGAGCCAAAUAAAGAAAUCAACUGAGAACCUUUUUUUUUUUUCUUCUUCUUUAAGACACUCUCACAAAUUAAUUUCUACACUCUGAACAAAAAGAAAACAAAAGAAAAUGUACAGAAAAUUUUAAAAAAUAAUAAACUAAAAAGCUGGAAGUAUCAUCAGAAUUUUUAAAAAAAUAAGGUCUUUACAUGAAAAGACAACUCAGAAAAAAAAAAAACAAGUUAUUUUUGUCAUUACGAAAAAUAAAAUUACAUUUUCUCUUAUUGUGGUUGUUUUCCACUAAAACUAAUUUCCACCUAUGGAAAUCAAAAUAUCUUGGUCUCCUUUCCUUCCCUAAAAUAUCUUCACAAAAAUUUCAUCUCCUUUUUUUUUCGCUGAUCAAUUCUUUAUCUCUUGUGUAUAUGUGUGUGUAUAUGUGUGUUGUUUUGAUUUCUUCCGUUACAUCACGUAAAUGUGUGUGUGUGUGUGUGUAUGAUGAAGAUUAUGGCUGAGAGCAACCUGCUAAAGAAUAUGGAAAAAUAAUUGAAGAAAACGAAGCAAAGAUGUGAAUAAAUGAGAAUGAACUAAAAUAGAAAGAGUGAAGAAAGUAAAGACAAAAGUGGGAGUGAAAAAUGUUAUAAAUGAUUUUAAGAAACAAUGAAAAAAAAAACAAUUUUUUUUUUAAAUUUGGAAUUUAAGAAAAAGAUUUAUUGAAAGUUCAAAAAAAUUAUAAAUACAAAAAAAACCAAUCUUUUACAAGCACAAUGUUUUUUUGUUUUUUUUUUCAAAAUUUUAUUGAAAAUAUUUUUUCCUUUCCCAUACCAUUUAUUGUUAUUGGACAACAACAACUGUUGUCCUUUCAAAAAUGAAUUAAAAAACAUAGUUCCAGAAAAACUGGGAAAUUUUUUGUGUAAAGACAGUUAAUAUUUCACAAAUCUUUCAAAUAAUGGGCAACAAUAUUUUACAAUACAGAACAAAGUUUGUUGGAUUGUUUUAAUAUAUUUAAUAAUGGCUAAAAAUCCUUUGAAAAAUAUAUACCGUACCGCAAUGCCUGACCAACCAACCAACUCACCGACUCAUCAAACUAAUUUAAUUUAUCAAUAGACAUCUUUUUUUUUUUUUAAAACAAUUGAUAUUUUAUUGUCUUUUUUUUUUUUGUCAAAAUCUCAACUAAUUUGAAAUCUUGAAACGGUGUUAUAAAAAAAAAAGGGGGUAAAAAAACAAAAACGAAAAAGAAAAAAAAAGCUGUUUAUUGUUAAUAAUUCAAACUUGCUAGCUGGCUGGCAUUUGAGAAAUAGUUAUGUUGAGGUUAAGAACCUUUAAGUUAUGAAGCACAGAUUACAAAAAAGAAAAAAAAAACAA